UCUUUCCGCUCUCUUCUCCGCCUUCAGAAAGUGAUAGCCACGGAUUGCGAGGGAGAGAGAGGGGUAUUCUGUGUCUUCUGGGUCUUCUCACUAUUCUCCCAGAGAGAACGAGAGAGUGAAGAGUGAAGGCUGAUCCGAGAGAGAGGAAGAACAGGGAACGGGAAGACGAAGAAGAAUUUGAUGCACCGAGUUGAGAUUUCAUGCAAAAAAGUGUGGGCUUCAUUGUCUUGCUGCUGUUCCUCUGUUUGUUGCUUUGUACUGUCUACGUUUCUUAUUCAGCAAUCAUCGGUGAGAACAGUAAAAAAGAAGCAUAUUCUCUCACUUCUGCUACCACUACUGUUCAUUCAAUUAAAUUAGCAAUAAUGGCGCCUAAACCAAGGAUGACAAAAAAAAGAAGGCUCUUAGAAGGUGAUCAUAGCUCAGCAGAUUUAUGUCAUGCUGCAAGUUAUAAUGAAAGUUUAUCAAGUGAGGGGAAUAUGCAAGAAAUAAAGAAUGAUCAGACUUUUGUUGCAUCUAUAGCAGAAAGUUCAUUUGACGGCGACAGCAUACAUGAUCAAAUCAUGGCAAGAACAGCUGUGAUGCCUAAACAAGGGACAAGCAGGAGAAGUCUACAGUUGCGAGUAGAUAAAAGUGUUAGUAAUUCUGAUUGUGUGCAAUAUGUGUCAGAACAAAGUCAUAAAAACAAGCGGAGAAAACCUACAUCUGCUAUAAAUUUCAACUGUGGUGCAAGUACGUCCAGCAAUCUGGAAGUCGAAAUAGCUGCUUCACACGGAAAUAGUGUUGGACAAGCAUCAUAUCAAAGAAGAAAAUGUGCUGUGAUGCCUAAACAGAGGACAGGCAGAAGAAGUCUACAGUUGCGAGCAGAUAAAAGUGUUGAUAAUUCUGAUUGUGUGAAAUAUGUGUCAGAACAAAGUCAUAAAAACAAGCGGAGAAAACCUACACCUGCUAUAAAUUUCAACUAUGGUGCAAGUACGUCCAACAAUCUAGAAGUCGAAAUAGCUGCUUCACACGGAAAUAGCAUUGGACAAGCAUCAUAUCAAAGAAGAAAAUGUGGUAUGUCAUUAACAAUUUUUUAUUAUUUUUUAUUUUUUACUUUUAGUAGUAUUUAUAACACACAUGGAUUAACAUGCUAUACUUAUUACAAUUCAUGCACAGCACUGGCCUCUACAUAUUCGGAUUUAGGAGAUAUGACUUAUGUUUGUACCGAUUGUAAUGCUUUGUUUUGGUUAAACGAAUCAAAAAAGAGAGUGUCAAAAAGAGAACCUCCGAUCUAUACGAGUUGUUGUCAGGAAGGUAGAAUCAAACUCCAAAAACCACAUCCGACACCUUCUUUUUUAGAGAAAUUGCUAGAUCCGAAUAAAGGUCCACGAAGUGUGCUCUUUAGAGAAAACAUAAGAGCUUAUAAUUCUAUGUUUGCGUUUACAUCCAUCGGAGCUAAAAUUGAUCAAACAGUCAAUGAUGGAUCAGGACCUUAUGUGUUUAAAAUUAGUGGUCAAGUACAUCAUUUGAUGGGUUCUCUUUUACCCCUAGAAGGUGAAACUCCUAAAUUUGCUCAGCUAUAUGUGUAUGACUCCCAUAACGAAAUUGCAAACCGAAUUCAGGCGGUUGACCGGAACAACAGAAACCAAAAUCUCGAUCCAAACAUUGUGCAAGGUUUAAUUAAGAUGUUUGAUGAGAAUAAUGAGUUAGUAAAGUAUUUUAGAAGCGUUAAAGAUAAAUUUGAUGAUAAUACUUUGCGUACUCUAAAUUUGACGAUCUUAGAUCAUGAAGAUAAUCGAGAAAAACAAUAUGAACAACCAACAUGUAAUGAAAUUGCUGGCUUAGUGGUUGGUGAUAUUGGAGCCCAUAAUUCAAACAAAGACGUUGUGGCAGAAAUGCAUGACGGAGGUUUAAAACGAAUAUCAAAAAUACAUCCGAAAUUCAUGUCUUUUCAAUAUCCAAUUCUUUUUCCAUUUGGUGAAGAUGGUUAUAAAAUAGACCUUAAGAUGUUACCUCCUAAAGGAAAACGACAAGCUAAGCGUGAUAAAGUCUCUAUGCCAAACUUUAUAACAUAUCAAAUUCAAGAGAGAUAUAAUCAGUCUGAUACUCUGUUGAAAGGGGGUAGAUUAUUUCAACAAUUUUUAGUUGAUUCUUACGCAACUAUUGAAGAAAAUCAACUGGAUUAUAUUAGGAGAAAUCAAAAAAGCAUGAGGAGUAAUGCUUACAAGGGUAUAUGUGAUGCUGUGUCAAGGGGUGAUAAUAACGGUCGCAAUUUAGGACAAAAAAUUAUUUUGCCGAGCUCAUAUACUGGAAGUCCUAGAUAUAUGAUGAAUAAUUAUCAAGAUGCCAUGGCGAUCUGCCAACAUUAUGGUCAUCCUGAUUUAUUUAUAACUUUCACCUGUAAUGUAAAAUGGCCUGAAAUUUUAAGAGUGUUUGAAAAUAAACCAGGCUUUAAACCAGAAGAUAGACCAGAUAUUGUGUCGAGAAUUUUCAAAAUGAAAAAUGAGGACCUAUCGCUUAUGUCAAAUCCGGCAAACCAUUUGGAGAAAUCGAAGCAGGUAAAUUUUCUUUAUCUACUAUUGUGUGAUUAUAUUUAG